CGCCGCCUUAUUGAUCCGAAUAAACGCACAAAAUCGAGAAACCUACACAAUGCGUUAGCUGCGGCCGCAAAAAUGUGGGCAAAAACCACCCUGAUGGUAGUGUUUUUGGCGUGGAGCUCGCUGGGUCAGGAACAAAAGACCAAGCAGCACCCAGAACUGCCCAAUUUGGUUCGGAGCUGGGCGCAGAAGUUGGGAGGGGAGCUGCUGAAUUUCGGGGAACUGGUCACCAGGAAGACGAGGGUGAAUGAGAGCUUCAAGAGGCACACGAGCAUCAAGGACGAAAAUGGGGAGAAGAUGCUGAAGGACAUACACGAGAAGAUAUACAACAUGACGAGGGAGAAAGUGGAGGCCGUUAAGAGGAUCAUGGACAUAGCCGAAGAAGCCGCCCGCUCCCAAAAAGAAGAACACAUAAAACUGGACUUCCAGUUCGUCAACGCCAAAACCCUCAACGACUCCGCCGUGGGCGACCAGGAAGGCCCCGAGGUUCGUGCCCAGGAGGUGCGCUACGACGACUCCUUCAUCUCCACCGACAGCCGCUUCGAGGAGAAGUACCAGGCCAUGGUACAAGCGGACGAGGACCUCGACGGCUACCAGCGCGAUCAAGACCCGCAAGAAGAAGAAGAGUCCAAAGCGUCGGACGAGACGGACGGCGAAAUCGAGGUGACCGACGGCAGCGAAAAGGACCCUCAAGCCAGCCAAGUGCCUCAAAUCGACCGGAACAACAUUCCGCUGUACCGAAAUAGCCACUUUUACAACAUUCCGGUGAACACGAACUUCAGCGCUGUCCACGUCCCGAGCAACGUUUACGAGCGAUCUACAGAGGUUAUUUCGGGGAUUAUUUGGUCCGAGGUUUUGGAUACCACGUUCAAGGAUAACUACCAGAGGGAUCCGAGCUUAUCGUGGCAGUACUUUGGUAGUUCUACGGGGUUCAUGCGUCAGUUUCCUGCCAUGAAGUGGAACCAAGACCCGAUCGACCUCUUCGACUGUCGGACCAGGUCGUGGUUCAUCGAGGCGGCUUCCUCUCCCAAGGAUGUCGUGAUCCUAGUGGACCGCUCCGGUUCCAUGACCGGGAUGAGGCGCGAAAUCGCCCGUCACGUGGUCCACAACAUCCUGGACACCCUCGGGAACAACGACUACGUCAACAUCCUCACCUUUAGUAACACCACGGACCCACUCAUCGACUGCUUCGACAGCAUAUUGGUACAAGCCAACUUGGCCAACGUCCGUCUGCUCAAAGAGGGAAUGAGUACCUUCAGGACCGAGCAAAUCGCGAACCUUUCCUUGGCUUUGGUCACGGCGUUCCGGCUUCUGGAGGCGUACCGGAACGACACCAACAUAGGUGCCAACUGCAACCAAGCCAUUAUGUUGGUGACCGACGGAGUCCAAGACAACUACAUGAAGAUUUUCAAGGACUACAACUGGAAUAACCUCCCGUUUGUCAACGUGAGGGUGUUCACGUAUUUGAUUGGUCGCGAGGUUUCUGAUGUGAGGGAGGUCAAGUGGAUGGCGUGCGCCAAUCGCGGGUACUACGUCCAUUUGAGUACUUAUGCGGAGGUGCGCGAGGAGGUGUUGCAGUACAUUCCGGUGAUGGCGCGCCCGAUGGUACUUAAUGCCGGGCAGAAGCCUAAUCCUACGUGGAGUCCGGUUUAUGCGGACGUGACUGACCCGAAAUUGACCAACUGGUUGUGGAUUAAUCGGGAGAGGAAUAAGCAGAGGGAGAGGUUGUUGGCGUACUUCGGGAGGAAGAAGACGCUUCUGAGUCCUGAUGAACAAGACAAGAAGUUCGUCCACCAGCAGAAACACAAACAAGACAACUACGGGGAGCUCCAGACCUACAGACUCAUGACUUCGGUGUCUCUGCCGGUGUACGACAAAAAGCCUCGAGCGGAACGGGUAGCCAACUUGUUGGGAGUGGCAGGGACCGACAUACCCAUCGAGUACAUCGAGGCACUGAUGUUACCCUACCGGCUCGGAGUCAACGGGUUCGCCUUCAUCGUCACCAACAACGGGUACAUUUUGACGCACCCGGACCUGCGGCCCGUGCACCAAGGUAUCCUCAAACCCGCCUAUAAUAGGGUGGAUAUGAUCGAGGUGGAGGUGUUGGACGACGGCUCCGAGCCCAGGCACUUUGCUGACGAAAUUCUAGAGUUCAGGAGGAGAGUAGUCAUGCAAGAAACGGGUGACAUCACGCUGGAGGUCAAGCGCCACCUGGACGAUAUGCGACGUUUGGUUACCGGCACCCGUCACUACUACUACAUGGGGGUGAAUAAUACCCCGUUCACUAUUGUGAUUUCGUUGCCGGGGAAGUACGGCUUCUACAAAGUCGAGCAUUCUGUGGAAAAUGAUAUUCAUAGAAUGAGAUCUGAUGAUAAGAUUGAUAAGAGUGAGGGUGGGUGGCUUACGCAGUUUUUCACCGGGAAUUGGACGCUGCAUCCGGAUUGGCAUUACUGCCGCUACAUGGACGACCGCCACUACUUCGAGACCCCAGAAGAGGAACUCUUGCACUUCCUCAAGAAGAUCGAAGGAAUCAAGUGGAAGUGGCUCGAGUGCGACCGUCGACUCAUCACCAAGGUCGUCGCCGACGCCAAGAUCACCUCCUGGUUCAGCGAAAACAUCACCACCGCCAACUACACUAAAGAAGAAAACGGACCCAUAGCUGUAUUGAUGGCUUUAAUGCCAAGGGAGAAGUUCAUCCGGAGGUUUGGCAUCACUGUCGCGUUUUUGGCGACGCAUAGCGGGCUGACGCGGUGGCAGGACUUCCCCCAGAACAUCGACGCGAAUGCUAAGGAGGAACCUACUUACAGGCACUUUCAUAUACUACAUAAUAAGGCGAUUGAUGAGAUAUGGUACAAGAGGGCCGUGGAGUACCACUACAAGGACCACACGGCGUACGUGUACUCGGUCCCGUUUGAUGUGGGUGACGAGAAUAACACGCUGUUGACGGUGAGUCACGCCAUCUUUCGAGAAGAGGGUGCGAAGAAGAGUCCUGCGGCGGUGAUUGGGUACCAGUCGUACCACAGUGCGUUGUAUUCGCUUUUCCGGAAUAUAACGACGAGUUGCGGCGACAUCGCCUGCACCCGGACCUGCGAGACCGAUGAGCUCGACUGCUUCCUCCUCGACGAGAACGGCUACAUCAUCGUCAGCGACGACCUCACCCAGACGGGCUACUUCUUCGGGAAGUUCCGCCCCGACAUCAUGGGUUUCCUGGUGAACGAGGGCAUCUACAACGUGACCCGCAUGUACGACUACCAGGGCCUGUGCCCCGAGGAGGAGGAGGCCAGCAACCCCGCGCCGCCCAUGUCCACGCCCCUCCACCAUCUGUCCGACCUGGUGCGCUGGGCGUCGGCCACGCUCUUCUACCUCCUGAGGACGGUCUCCGGCAGCGACCCCGACUCCAUGGCGUACCCCGACGAGGAGCACGAGAUGCACAACCUCGACGAGCAGGACUCGGAGGCCGAGGCCACGGAGCAGCCGUCCAGGUUCAGCGAGAAGGAGUUCGACCAGCGGGUGAUUAUCAAGAAGACGAAGCCGGAGUGCUGCGACUUCGAGAUGUGGUACUAUAGGCUGGUGCACUACUCGGACCGGAACAUCUCGAACAGCGGGUACAACAAGGUGAUGACGGACGACUGCACCAGGCCGUUUAUCGUGCAGAAGGUGUUUAGCAGUAACAUGAUUCUGCUGGUGUUGAACAGCGUGUGCUGGGAGAAGGGCCCCACGGUGGCGAAGAUGCCGGAUCCGGUCCAGGUGGACUAUAACAUGUCGUUCGCGUGUUAUAGGGAGUUGUACAACAACUACACGAGGCGGCAUUACAUGAGCUGCAUCAACAGGAACGCGAAUGAAAGCGAGAUCAAGCUGUGCGGCUUGGCCCCCCACAGCCGGCCCUGGAGCGCCCUCCUCGUGGCCCUCCUCAGUACGGCCCUGUACGCCAUCUAGCCUGCAGUGUCUACGUUAACGAUGUCUGUGAUAUGCUCGACACUUUGAUUGUUCCCAAGCACCAUAUCGGGUUUCUAUUAUUUGUUCUUUGUCAUUGUAUAUUCUAUGUAAUGCUCAAUAAAUACUUUUUAAUA